GCUCGUGGUGUCCGUGAGCCGCAGCCGCUACGCUCAGGCCAACAAGUUGUAUGCUUUCUGCUUCAAGCUUGUGUGCUGGGCCCUGGAUCGCUCUGGCCUCCUGGCACAAGCACGCCGAUCGAUGCAUUCAGGUCACCUUGAUCACUGUAUGUAUGGUGGCGCGCGGCCCAAAUCCACUCGGCUGCUGACGAACUGCCCGGACAUGGCUGACCUCACAGCCCGCUGCGACAAGGGCCACUCCCAUGUCCCGUGGUCUGCUUGCUACUCUUCGAGCGGCUGGGUCUUUGCCACUCACUUGGAGGCUGCCUACCCCGUCUGCCUUGCCGAAGCCAUUGCCUCCCGUUUUCGCGCUCAUGCUGAGCGAAACGGUGCUAUCUUUGAGCCUAGACCGGACAUGCAGCAGGCCUCCCUUGCCGUUCAAGGUCUGCAGCAUCGCAAGGCUGCAGCUUUGCUUUCUGAGUUUGCGUAUGUCACUGAUGUGCCCCGCUCGCAAGUGGACCCUGCUGCCAUGAAGGUUCUUACGGCCCCUAUGAUUGGGAUUCAAACGGGGGGCCUCCAGGAAAGUGCAGUGCUAGAGGCGGCCGAUGCCACCCUCCAGGCCAUCAAGACCAACUUGACGACCGAUGCCCGCUUGCUUGUGCUCCGCCAGAAAAUUGCCUUGACCAAAAUUGAGAUUUUAGCUAAGCAGCUUGAGGUGGAAGAGCAAGCCCUGCAUCGCUCCAAGCCCGACUGGAUGCAGGAGAUUUUGCGAGGCAAGCGGAUCCUGCUCUUCAGGCACCUCCUGCAGCAGCAUGGCUACGACGACAUGGAGGUAGUCGACCUGCUUAGCGAUGGCUCUCACCUGGUGGGUGCUUCUCCCAAGCCUGCAUGCUUCGAAGCGAGAGUUAGGUUAGCUAAGAUGACUCCGGAGUGUUUGAGAGAAGCUGCUCCAGACCUCCGAGCGGCGAUUGUUGCAAACCCCAGGAGGGUCAGCUCGGACGAGGCGGCGGCCCUUAAGCAGGUCACCGAAGAGGAGUGCAGGGCCGGCUUCCUGUCAGGCCCUUUGGCCACGGAAGAGGAGGUAACGCGUCACCUGGGCACCUCUCAAUGGCUUGCUGUGAGGCGCUUCCUUCUUCAGCAAGGAGGGAAGCUCAGACCCAUUGAUGAUGGCCAUGAAGCCCACCUCAAUGAUGCUUACGGGUCCUCCAUUAGGCUAAGGUUGCAAGACAGCAAUUACUUUGCAGCGAUGGCAAUGGCUAUCGCAAAAAUGGAAAAGGACCUAGGCGUAAGCAUUCCUUGGGUAGCGAAGUGCCUAGACCUAUCCAAAGCUUACAAGCAGUUUUGUGUGAGCGAGCGGGACAGGAGCCUUUCGGUCAUUGCCAUUUUCGAUGAGGCAGGGGUGCCCACUUGGUACGUGGCCAACUCCCUCAGCCGCAAGCGUCUUCAGUUUCAAUCGGAUAAGCAGGGCAAUCCACUUCUUGUUCACCCGGCUGACACAGCCGAGGCGACGGACUUUGCAUGCGGGAAGCUUCUUGACCUGUUGGGGAUCAAGUUCGCUAGGACGGGAGGCGAUUCGAAGGGCAGGCCCUUUGACAAGGUGUUUGAGGUGCUCGGGCUGAGCGUGUCUGUCGCCGAGCUGCAUCAGGGCUCGCUGGUCUUGGCUAACAAGCCCGGCCGUCUCGAGAGGCUUGUGGAGCUUUUUGGCCAAGUGAAAGCAGACGGGGCCAUCACCAAACACAUGGGUCAGGUUCUUGUAGGCUUGCUGCGGUUCGCCGCAAGCGACAUGCACAGGCUCUGCGACAAAGCUUUGAAGUUCCUUGGCGUGUCAAAGCCAAGGGUGGUUUGCGUCUCCGACCGCAAGGACGUCGUUCACGUUUACACUGACGGCUCCCUUGAGGGUGGCCUGGCAGGCAUCGGCGCUGUGAUCUUGGACCCGUCUACGGGCUUCCAGCAGGUCCUGCAAGGUCAGGUCCCCGAGGCACUCAUGCACGCCUGGCGCCACGAAUCUGGUGAUCACCUGAUCUGUCAGAUCGAGCUGUUCGCAAUGUACUGUGUGAAGGUGCUCAUGCCUGCUAGGCUUGAAGGCCGUCGUGUCGUCUACUGGGUAGACAAUGAGGCAUCCCGUUUAGCUCUGGUCAAAGGGCAAAGCAAAUCGCCGAUCAUGGACCGCAUGCUGCGCGCGCUGUGUGACAUAGAGGACGGCAUGCGCUCCUAUGCCUGGUACUCUCGAGUACCCUCGCAGUCGAACAUCGCGGACAGUCCAUCUCGGGGCGCAGGUGACGAGGUGGCAAAUGCAUUAGGCCUUAAAGCAGCUGAGAAGUUUCCAGAGACGAUUCCGGUGAACGGGUGCUCAGCGGAAUCUUCACCGCAAACACUUGUGUGGUACGUUUCCGCUUGCGGAUAA